AUCAAGAAGGUCUCAAUGGAGGUGGUGUUUUUCCUCUGGGGACAUUAUGGGAAUUUAUGGUUGUCACAUGAAGGGGAUAGAAUCUAGUAGGUAAGGGGCAAAAAUGCUAAAAGCCUGCAAAGUGCAAAACAAAAACCACUCAAUGGUGACCGAGUUUAUCUUUAUGGGCAUCACUCAAGACCCUCAGCUGCAGACCAUCUUUUUUGUGGUCUUCCUCUUGAUCUACCUGGUCAAUGUCAUGGGGAACAUUGGUAUGAUUAUCUUGAUCAUAACGGACACUCAGCUUCACACCCCCAUGUACUUUUUCCUGUGUAACCUCUCUUUCGUUGACCUGGGAUACUCUUCAGCCAUUGCCCCCAGGAUGCUGGCUGACUUCUUAACAAAGCACAAAGUUAUCUCCUUCUCCAGCUGUGCCACCCAGUUUGCUUUCUUCGUAGGUUUUGUGGAUGCCGAGUGCUAUGUCCUGGCCGCCAUGGCCUACGACCGUUUCGUGGCCAUCUGUCGACCCCUCCACUAUAGCACUCUCAUGUCCAAGAGAGUUUGUGUGGCUCUCAUGCUGGGCUCUUACCUGGCUGGCUUGGUGAGUUUAGUAGCCCACACUUCCCUCACCUUCAGUUUGAGUUACUGUGGUUCCAAUAUUAUCAACCACUUCUUCUGUGAAAUCCCACCUCUCUUAGCCCUCUCUUGCUCAGACACUUACAUCAGCGAGAUCUUGCUCUUUAGUCUGUGUGGCUUCAUUGAAUUCAGCACCGUCCUCAUCAUCUUCAUCUCUUAUGCCUUCAUCCUCGUAGCAAUCAUCAGAAUGCACUCAGCUGAAGGCCGCCAUAAGGCUUUCUCCACCUGUGGGUCUCACCUCACUGGCGUCACCCUUUUUUAUGGCACGGUCAUGUUUAUGUACCUGAGGCCAACAUCCAGCUACUCCCUGGACCAAGACAAGUGGGCCUCUGUGUUCUACACUAUUAUCAUCCCCAUGCUGAAUCCCUUGAUCUACAGUUUACGGAACAAGGACGUGAAAGCUGCUUUCAAAAAACUAACUGGAAGAAAACCUCAGUAG